AGUCAUUUCAACGGUUGCGUUGCGGCUUGCAGGUCAUUGUUCGUUGUCCUGUUCCCUGUGCUGCGUGUAGAGGCGUCGCUGCAAGAGUGGGCAUUGAGUUUGAGAGAUGGCGAGUGCUAGAGUAUUGUGCUGCUUUGCGGUCACAGCAGUCUUUUUGCUGUUUCUACAUGAAUCAGAUGCGGGGCAAUGUUACCAGUAUGCGGGAUGUCUCGGAAACAUUAUUGAUAAGAACAGCAAGAACCUAAAAAAAUGCUGCGCUAACAGUGGAGGAGGCUUCAGAAGAGGAAGCGCCUGCAAAAAUUGUGAAGGUGCCACCCCACCAGCGUACAUCUGGUCAGACUGGACAGAAUGGGCGACAUGCUGUUACGAAGAUGGAUACGAUUCAAGAUACACUGAAACAAAGCAAGGACAGAAGGUCAGACACCGUGAUUGUAGAUAUGGCAAUUGUCCGGGCAAGGGAUCGGAGCGUGAAGUUGUAAAAGACUGUACAUCUUCAAACGGGAAUGGAGACAGCGGUGGAUACAAGUUUUGUGCCGUUCACGGUGGAUGGGGCGAAUGGUCGGAAUGGGGGCGAUGCGACGCCCUGGACAAUGAAGAAAAAUGCUCUUCGGACGGAAGUGUGGCCAAAACUCAGAAAGGAGUACAUGGAUUAGAGACACGAUCAAGGGAGUGCAACAGUCCCGCCCCUAAACAUGGAGGAGCAAAGUGCGAGGGUCCAAUGGAAAUCACUCAGCAGUGUACAGUAGCGCACUGCCCAGUGAAUGGAGGUUUCUGUGAGUGGGCUAGUUGGUCUGCGUGCUCAAAGAACUGUACAGUGUAUGGAAACAAUCCCGACGGAACGCGACGGCGUAGACGUGUGUGCGAGUGUCCGAUUCCCGAAUAUGAAGGAAAUUACUGCGACGGACCGCCAAAAGAAGAUGAUGUGUGCGGCGACAGAAAAUACUGUCCACUUGACGGUGUGUGGACUGAAUGGUCAGAGUGGUCAGAGUGCGACAAAGGCUGCGGCAUUGGGGAGCAAUCGCGUAGACGAGACUGUGACCCGCCGCUUUUUGGAGGCCAACUCUGUCAUGGACUAUCCCGAGAGUACCGCCUCUGCCAGGACAAAGAAUGCCCGUCUAUAUGCGAAUUGGAAAGUAGUGCUUACAGUGGAAGCUCGAGUGGCGACGAGUCCGGUUCUGCUGAACCCGACUACAACAUCUGCUGUCCCCCACUGAAAGUUUACAUCAAAAAAAGCCAGGAGUGUUGCAGAGAAUAUAUCGACGACACGUCAGCGUCUGGCGAUGACGGUAACGAGACAAUCAGCAGUGCUAGUUCUGCUGUUGGUUCUACGUCUGGCUCCACAAGUGGAUGUGGAUCGGGAAGUGGAUCGGGAAGUGGAUCGGGUGGAUGUGAACGGGAUGACGAUUUGUACUAUGACUGUGAAUCGAUGUCCUAUUUGGGGUAUAUUGACACUAGUAUUCCGAGUGGUAGUGGAACCUCGCCCACUGACACAAUUGACACAAUCGCAUCCGGGACAUCUUUGGAGCAUUCCGGAUCCGGGUCAUCCGUGAAAGCUACCAAGCCGCCUACCACAGAUUCAGAGUUACCUGUUGCAUCGGGUGACAACCGGCGAAAGCGGCGGUCGACAAAAAAAGCACAUCACACUCGUCGACGUCAUUCCUCUAAGAACAGAGAUGAUACAUAUUUUGAUAUGGAAUGAUGUUGCAAUGUUGUGCGCAAGAAGGUUUAUGUUGCACAGACUUGAAAUUUAUCUUGUAUGUGGUAAUUCGUCUUACAAAUGCAAUGAAAUGCCUAACUGCAUGAUCUGUACAUGUGUAUGCUAGUGCAGUAUCUGUGUAGUAGUGAAGAUUGUCGAAUUUAAGUAAAGUAUUGCGUUAUUGAA